GCUAGCGGCUGCAUUGACGGUCCAACGGGCGCGUGCAACAUGAUACGAUCCAUAUCUCGCAUUACUACCGCAAUGCGGCCAGCCUCAAGGUCUUUCAGGGCCCCAGUAACCACUGCACACCAAUCCACCUCGCAGCUGUACGCAAAACGCGCCUGGAGCCGGCCACUCAGCACAAGCGACGGCGACGACGCAAACGCGAGAGCAACCGACGACUACGCGCCGGCCGACGCCGCGGCGAACGUCGUCGACGAGGACGCGCCGGCGCCGCUGCUCACACCAAAACAGCGGGGCAUCAGCAAGAAGGCGCCGCCGCUGAGCGAGAAGCAGAAGAAGAAGCUCGCGGCACUGACUCAGCGUGGGAAGUCAGCUUCGAGUCGACGUGGUCGCCGCGACGCCGUCGACGCGGCCGCAUGAGAGUCUACGCGUCGCGAGAGAGCCGCGGCAGUUUCGCGACGUCGUCGUUCCGUGCAGGCGCAAUGGGCGGACUACGUGGAGUACAUGGACCACCAGCGGACACAGGGGUGGAAGACAUGA